AUGUUUGACCAACCUUCGCGUCUUCGCCUAGAAUUCAUGAGCGAUGUAUUCUUUUUAGCUACUGCAUAUUAUUUGUUUAAGUAUUUUGACAAGUCUACAUUUGGAGCAACAAAAGAGCAAAAGGCUUUCGAAAAAAGUCUUUUCCAGAAGACUUCCAGGAACUCAUCAUUUGUUUGCGACCUUUCUCUUAUGCUUCAUGUUAUAGCUGAAAUAAUUCUUCUGGACGGCGUUACUUGUAUUUAUCGAUCUAACGUUGAUCUGUAUAUGUAUGUGCUUGGAAGUAGUCGUGAAAACGAGCUUGUGCUUGAAUCCCUUCUGAACUGCCUUUUCGAUGCCAUCUCCACAGUACUACGAAAGAAUGUCGAGAAGAAAGCCCUUAUAGAUGCAAUGGACACAUGCAUCCUUAUCAUAGACGAAAUUUGUGACGAAGGGAUUAUCCUGGAGACCGAUCCCCAAUCCGUGGUGGCUCGUUGCGCAUUGAAAGCGGACGAGAUUUCGUUCUCUGAUCAAACAUUCUCUCAAGUAGGAAUGUCUUUAAUGAGCUCUGCUAAGGAACAGUUUAAAUGGUCUCUUUUAAAAUGA